AUGGCAAAGAUCUGCACAGACCAGUCCUACCCGGCAACGAUCAGGCAACAGCCGCUUCUCGGCACGUCCGAUGAUGACCUGGACUCCAUCGAGAACGGAACCUCCAGGGCCAACUCAGAGUGUGAAGACACAUUGUCAGAGGUUCAGGGUGCUGUCUCUGUGUUAACCAGCAGACACACAGAGUCUCACAGAGAUUCUUUUACAGGGUCAGGAGCCCUGGCCAGGCUCUCUCACUUCCUGUUCAUGCUGCGGACCUGGGCCUCUCACAAGAUGCACCACGAGGUGGAGAGACCGGACUCCUUUCUGGAGCGCUUCAGGGGUCCUGAGCUCAAAGAGGCCUCCAGCAGAGAGAGCAACGCACAGUCACUGGGAUACCCCGACAGAGUCCGCAAGAAGAAGAAAGAGAUUUGGAUCAUGGACCCAUCAGCAGACAGAUACUACAGAUGGCUAACCAUCAUCGCAGCACCAUGCUUCUACAACCUGAUGAUGCUAGUGACCAGGGCAUGUUUUAAUGAACUCCAGAGCACGUACAUAACUCUGUGGAUUGUCCUGGACUACACCUCAGACUUAAUCUACUACACAGACACAUUCGUCAGGUCUAGAACAGGUUUUCUGGAACAGGGACUGCUUGUGAAAGACGACAAGAAGCUUAGAGACAAAUACAAAUCAACGCCACAGUUCAAAUGGGACAUGAUUUCAAUGAUACCCACAGACCUUCUGUUUCUGAAAGUGGGUUUAAACUACCCCGAGCUCCGACUGAACCGACUCGCAAAGAUGAACCGUCUCUUUGAGUUCUUCGACCGCACUGAAACCAGAACCAGCUUCCCCAACGUUUUCCGAAUCAGUAACCUGGUACUUUACAUCCUGAUCAUCAUCCACUGGAACGCCUGCAUCUUCUUCGCCAUCUCCAAGACCAUCGGGUUCGGGUCCGACACCUGGGUGUACCCAAACAUCAGUCAUCCUGAGCACGGCCGCCUUGCCAGGAAGUACAUCUACUGUCUCUAUUGGUCGACCCUGACCCUGACCACCAUCGGAGAAACCCCGCCACCAGUUAGAGACUUCGAGUACCUCUUUGUGGUCGUCGACUUCCUCAUCGGUGUGCUGAUUUUCGCCACCAUCGUUGGUAACGUUGGUGCCAUGAUCUCCAACAUGAACAAAACCCGUGCGGAAUUCCAGGCUAAGAUCGACUCCAUCAAGCAAUACAUGCAGUUCCGUAAGGUCUCCAAGGAUCUGGAGGUCAGGGUCAUCAAGUGGUUCGACUACCUCUGGACGGAAAAGAAGACCUGCGAUGAGAAGGAGGUCCUGAAGAACCUGCCAGACAAGCUGAAGGCCGAGAUCGCCAUCAACGUCCAUCUGGACACCCUGAAGAAGGUGCGUAUCUUCCAGGACUGUGAAGCUGGUCUUCUGAUUGAGUUGGUACUGAAGCUGCAGCCUCAGGUGUUCUCCCCAGGAGAUUACAUCUGUAAGAAGGGAGACAUCGGCAGAGAGAUGUACAUCAUUAAGGAAGGGAAGCUGGCUGUGGUGGCAGACGACGGGGUGACACAGUUCGUGGUGCUCAGCGAUGGAGCGUACUUCGGAGAGAUCAGUAUCCUGGGCAUCAAGGGUUCCAAGGCUGGCAACAGGAGAACGGCCAACAUCAGGAGCAUAGGUUACUCUGACCUCUUCGCCCUGUCGAAAGACGAUCUCAUGGAGUCCCUCACUGAGUACCCCGACGCCAAGAAGGCUCUGGAAGAAAAGGGAAAGGCUAUGCUGAUGAAAGACAACAUGAUCGAUGAGGACGUCGCUAACGCGGGCGCCGACCCUAAGGACAUGGAGGAAAAGAUCCAAAGGUUGGAUAGUAAUAUUGAAAUCAUCAAGACUAAGUUGGCCAAGAUCAUGGCUGAGUUCACAUCCAGCCAGAGCAAGAUCAAACAGAGGAUCACCAACAUAGAGUCAACAGUCAAGUCAGUCCGGCCCGAGGAUAUAUCUGAGGUGGUGGCCGACAACAAGACUCAUUAG